AUGUCGCUCUUCCGUACCAUCCCCAACCCCGGUGACUUCUCGCCUCUUUUCCGUCUUCUGGACGACUACGAUAUUCACCGGUCGACCAGAGGCCAGACCGGGGCGGUCCGCUCGUUCGCGCCCCGCUUCGACGUGCGCGAAGCCAACGACGCCUACUACCUUGACGGCGAGCUGCCCGGCAUCGCGCAGAAGGACGUCGACAUCGAGUUCACCGACCACCAGACCCUCGUGAUCAAGGGUCGCACCGAGCGCGAAUACCACUCUCCCGAGGGCGGCGAGGAAAAGCCCGCGGCUGAAGGCACCAGCAGCGAGGUGGCCAAGACCGGCGACAAGCAAGUGUCCAAGUCCGACCGCGCCAAGCACCACUACUGGGUGAGCGAGCGCUCCGUCGGCGAAUUCCACCGCACCUUCAGCUUCCCGACCCGCGUCGACCAGGAGAACGUCAAGGCCAGCCUGAAGAAUGGCAUCCUGUCUGUGGUGGUGCCGAAGGCUGCUGCUCCUACCGGCAAGAAGAUCACCAUUGAGUGA